CCAUAAACUAAUCGCGAAGACCGUCAACCGUUUUCGCGACUCACUUUUUUCCUGUCCGUUAUCAGAUACGCGUAAAUUUUUUUUUUGAAUCUACACGAAAGUGUGACCAAAGUGCGUACUAUCAAUUGUCUUAAGGAUCCGCUUAAUUACUUCUGCAAUUAAUUAAUUUUUUGAGGCGCAAGCGCUGGUUGUUAUAACUUGCGUCAGGGGGGUGCGGUUGUUACCAUGGAUCCCAGUGUACUCGCCAACAUGGAUAAAGACGCACUGAAGAAGCAGAUUGAGAACAUGAAGUAUCAAGCCACUAUGGAACGGUGGCCUCUGUCCAAAAGUAUUGCGGCAAUGCGGGAAUAUGUUGAAGAGAACGAGAAAAAUGACCCACUGAUUCACGCGCCCGACAAAAAAAAUAAUCCAUGGGCUGAAAAGGGCAAGUGUAUUAUUAUGUAAGUCUGAGGAUGGCUAAUUAACAAAAAUUUAUUACCACCAACAACAUCAACAUCAACAUCAAAAAUGGCGAUUGCAAUUUAACGAAUAAUUAAAUAAUCGACGACUAAAAAAAGCGACUGCUAAAUUAAUUAUUUUAAAAUGGUUGAGAUGGAUCCUCAAAAAAAAGAUUCAAGUCAAAAUAAAAAAAAAAAAAAAAAAAAAAAAAAAAAA